GGGGCAACCCUGGAGCUGCGUCUUGGAGUGUGACCUCCUAGGUUUGGGAAUCUCCCAGUAGUUCCAUCUCAAGUGCUGUGUGUGUGUGUGUGUGUGUGUGUGUGUGUGUGUGUGUGUGUGUGUGUUUAGUUAGCUGGCACGCAACACACUUCCCCAGGGUUGUGUUUCCUUUUUCCUGAGAUUUGGCGAAGGGUAAAGGGUCGGAGUCACAUGGAUACAAAGCAUUUGAUUAAUGUCCAAGUCACCGCUGUGGCUGCCAGAGCCGCCUCCCCUCCAGCCGGGGCCGUGUGAGGCCGGAGCGGCGGGGCCAGGCGCGCAGGUCCCUGGCCUGAGCCCCAUCUCCCGGGAGUUUCCUCCGCAGCGCCCCGCGCCUCCCACGCUGGACCUCCAGCGAGCGCCCCGGCCGGUCCCCGCGCCCCAGCCGAAGCCUCUACCCGGCAUGUAAAGUCGCGCGUCCCUCCUCGGACUUUGCAGAGCCAUCAACUUUCCUUUCCCACCGCGUGGACCGGACCGCGCGCAGCCCUGUCGCCAGCCCGGGGUCCCACCGCCACCAUGAACGACGAGAGCCGCGCGGACGGCCGCGCCGAGAGCGCCAAGGACCUGGAGAAGCAGCUUCGCCUGCGCGUGUGCGUGCUCAGCGAGCUGCAGAAGACCGAGCGGGACUACGUGGGGACCCUGGAGUUCCUGGUGUCGGCAUUCUUACACCGAAUGAACCAGUGGGCAGCAUCAAAAGUUGACAAAAAUGUCUCAGAGGAAACAGUGAAGAUACUGUUCUCAAACAUCGAAGAUAUCCUUGCAGUACAUAAGGAAUUCUUACAAGUUGUGGAAGAAUGCUUACAUCCUGAACCUAGUGCUCAGCAAGAAGUGGGAACUUGCUUUCUUCACUUUAAAGACAAGUUCCGUAUCUAUGAUGAAUAUUGCAGCAACCAUGAAAAGGCACAAAAAUUGCUUCUUGAACUUAACAAAAUUAGAACCAUCCGGACAUUCCUUUUGAACUGCAUGCUGCUUGGAGGACGGAAGAACACAGAUGUCCCCUUGGAAGGGUACUUAGUGACACCAAUACAAAGAAUAUGCAAGUACCCUCUUCUUUUAAAGGAGUUGCUGAAGCGGACUCCAAGGAAACACAGUGACUAUGCAGCGGUGAUGGAAGCCCUCCAAGCCAUGAAAGCCGUCUGUUCCAACAUAAAUGAGGCCAAGAGACAGAUGGAGAAGCUAGAAGUUUUAGAGGAAUGGCAGUCUCACAUAGAAGGCUGGGAGGGGUCCAACAUCACUGAUACCUGCACUGAAAUGCUCAUGUGUGGAGUCCUGCUGAAGAUUUCUUCUGGGAAUAUUCAAGAACGGGUGUUUUUCCUUUUCGAUAAUCUUUUGGUGUACUGCAAAAGAAAACACAGACGGUUGAAGAACAGCAAGACAUCUACAGAUGGACAUCGAUACCUUUUUCGUGGCCGGAUCAAUACUGAGGUGAUGGAGGUGGAGAAUGUGGACGAUGGCACAGCCGACUUCCAUAGCAGUGGACACAUUGUGGUUAAUGGAUGGAAGAUACAUAACACAGCAAAAAACAAGUGGUUUGUGUGUAUGGCAAAAACACCCGAAGAGAAACAUGAAUGGUUAGAAGCUAUUCUGAAAGAAAGAGAAAGACGAAAAAGUUUAAAAUUAGGAAUGGAGCAAGAUACCUGGGUAAUGAUCUCUGAACAGGGUGAGAAACUUUAUAAGAUGAUGUGCAAACAAGGAAAUCUGAUCAAAGACAGAAAAAGAAAACUGACUACGUUCCCUAAAUGCUUUCUUGGAAGCGAAUUUGUGUCGUGGCUGUUGGAAAUUGGAGAGAUUCACAGGCCUGAAGAAGGUGUUCACUUGGGGCAAGCAUUACUAGAAAAUGGAAUUAUACACCAUGUUACUGAUAAACAUCAAUUCAAACCAGAACAGAUGUUAUAUAGGUUUCGUUAUGAUGACGGAACAUUUUAUCCAAGAAAUGAGAUGCAGGAUGUGAUUUCAAAGGGUGUACGAUUAUAUUGCCGUCUUCAUAGUUUAUUUACUCCAGUGAUAAGAGAUAAAGAUUACCAUUUAAGGACCUACAAAUCUGUAGUCAUGGCUAACAAACUGAUAGACUGGUUAAUUGCUCAGGGGGAUUGCCGUACCAGAGAAGAGGCAAUGAUAUUUGGCGUUGGACUCUGUGACAAUGGAUUUAUGCACCAUGUCCUUGAAAAAAGUGAAUUCAAAGACGAACCUCUACUUUUCCGUUUUUUUGCGGAUGAGGAAAUGGAAGGAUCCAAUAUGAAACACCGGCUUAUGAAACAUGAUUUAAAAGUUGUGGAAAAUGUUGUAGCUAAAUCAUUGUUGAUUAAAUCCAAUGAAGGCAGCUAUGGUUUUGGGUUAGAAGACAAAAAUAAAGUUCCAAUAAUUAAGUUGGUAGAAAAAGGGUCUAAUGCUGAGAUGGCUGGCAUGGAAGUUGGGAAAAAAAUUUUCGCUAUUAAUGGUGACCUAGUUUUUAUGAGACCUUUCAAUGAAGUGGACUGCUUCUUGAAGUCGUGCUUAAACAGCAGAAAACCUCUGAGAGUUCUUGUGAGCACAAAGCCACGGGAGACAGUGAAAAUCCCAGAUUCAGCUGAGGGGCUUGGGUUCCAGAUCCGGGGAUAUGGCCCAUCUGUUGUGCAUGCGGUAGGAAGAGGAACUGUGGCUGCAGCAGCUGGUCUUCACCCUGGACAGUGCAUUAUCAAAGUCAACGGGAUCAAUGUCAGCAAAGAGACGCAUGCCAGUGUCAUCGCACAUGUCACCGCCUGCAGGAAAUACAGGCGGCCAAUGAAGCAAGAUUCCAUACAGUGGGUUUAUAACAGCCUUGAGAGCGCUCAAGAAGACCUUCAAAAAUCUAACUCCAAACCCUCUGGAGAUGAAGCAGGCGAUGCUUUUGACUGCAAAGUGGAAGAAGUAAUUGACAAGUUCAACACCAUGGCCAUCAUCGAUGGGAAGAAGGAGCACGUGAGUCUGACAGUGGAUAACGUGCACCUGGAGUACGGGGUCGUGUAUGAGUACGACAGCACCGCCGGGAUCAAGUGCAACGUGGUGGAGAAGAUGAUUGAGCCCAAGGGUUUCUUCAGCCUCACUGCUAAGAUUCUUGAAGCCCUGGCUAAAAGUGAUGAACAUUUUGUACAAAAUUGCACCAGCCUUAACUCUUUACAUGAAGUGAUUCCCACUGACCUUCAGAGUAACUUCAGUACCACUUGCAGUGAAAAAGUUGAGCACAUAUGUCAGAGAAUAUCCAGUUAUAAAAAGUUUUCUCGUGUACUAAAGAACAGAGCCUGGCCCACCUUUAAACAAGCCAAAUCUAAAAUAUCUCCACUGCACAGCAGUGAUUUCUGCCCUACCAACUGCCAUGUGAAUGUGAUGGAAGUUUCUUAUCCCAAAACAUCGACCUCCCUGGGGAGUGCGUUUGGUGUUCAGUUGGAUAAUAGGAAACACAAUGCUCACGAUAAAGAAAACAAAUCUGAGCAAGGGAAGCUGAGCCCCAUGGUGUACAUUCAGCACACCAUCACAACCAUGGCGGCCCCCUCAGGCUUGUCUCUGUCACAGCAGGAGGGGCACGGGCUCCGGCAUCUGUUAAAAGAAGAAGACUUAGAAACCCAAGAUAUCUAUCAGAAACUGCUGGGCAAACUUCAGACCGCACUGAAAGAGGUGGAGAUGUGUGUGUGUCAAAUAGAUGACCUUCUGUCUUCGAUCACGUAUUCUCCUAAAUUGGAACGUAAGACGUCUGAGGGCACAGCACCGCCAGACAGUGACAACGAGAAGGGGGAAAGGAACAGCAAGCGAGUCUGUUUCAAUGUGGCAGGAGACGAGCAGGAAGAUUCAGGCCAUGACACCAUCAGCAACAGAGACUCGUACAGCGACUGCAACAGCAACAGGAAUUCCAUCGCCUCCUUCACAAGCAUUUGCAGCAGCCAGUGCAGCUCGUAUUUUCACAGCGAUGACAUGGACUCAGGUGAUGAACUUCCACUAAGUGUUCGCAUUUCACAUGAAAGACAGGACAAGAUACAUAGUUGCCUUGAGCAUCUUUUCAGCCAGGUGGAUUCGAUUACCAAUCUUCUAAAAGGGCGAGCUGUGGUGAGAGCCUUUGAGCAAACCAAGCACCUUACCCCAGGCCGAGGAUUACAGGAAUUUCAGCAGGAAAUGGAACCAAAGCUGAGUUGUCCAAAAAGGUUAAGGCUUCACAUCAAGCAAGAUCCUUGGAAUCUUCCCAGCAGCGUCCGGAAUCUUGCUCAGAACCUCAGAAAAUUUGUUGAAGAGGUGAAGUGUAGAAUACUUCUGGCACUUCUUGAAUAUUCAGACAGUGAGCCACAGCUCCGAAGAGACGUGGUUUUCUGCCAGAGUCUCGUGGCCACCGUCUGCGCCUUCUCUGAGCAGCUCAUGGCAGCCUUGAACCAGAUGUUUGACAACAGCAGAGAGAACGAGAUGGAGACGUGGGAAGCCAGCAGGCGGUGGCUGGAGCAGAUCGCCAAUGCGGGCAUUCUUUUCCACUUCCAGUCACUUCUGUCACCAAACUUGACAGAUGAACAGGCCAUGCUGGAAGAUACACUGGUCGCACUAUUUGAUUUGGAAAAGGUCUCUUUUUACUUUAAACCAUCAGAAGAGGAACCACUGGUUGCAAACGUCCCUCUCACAUAUCAAGUGGAAGGCAGCCGGCAAGCUCUGAAAGUUUACUUCUUCAUCGAUGGUUAUCACUUUGAACAGCUGCCGCAACGGCUGAAGGAUGGAGGAGGCUUCAAAAUUCACCCUGUGCUUUUUGCUCAAGCACUGGAGAGCAUGGAAGGAUAUUAUUAUAAAGACAACGUUUCAGUGGAAGAAUUUCAAGCUCAAAUAAAUGCAGCCUCAUUGGAAAAGGUCAAACAAUAUAACCAGAAGCUCAGAGCGUUCUACUUGGACAAGUCAAAUUCACCACCCAACUCCACAUCCAAGGCUGCCUACAUUGAUAAGCUCAUGAGGCCUCUCAAUGCCUUGGAUGAACUUUAUCGCCUGGUAGCUUCGUUCAUCAGGUCCAAGCGCACAGCCACCUGCGCGAACACCGCGUGCAGUGCCUCGGGUGUGGGGCUGCUGUCGGUGUCCUCGGAGCUGUGCAGCAGGCUGGGGGCGUGCCACGUCAUCAUGUGCAACAGCGGUGUGCACCGGUGCACCCUGAGCGUGACGGUGGAGCAGGCCAUCAUUCUGGCCAGAAGCCACGGACUGCCUCCUCGCUACAUUAUGCAGGCUACAGACGUGAUGCGGAAGCAGGGAGCAAGAGUUCAGAACACCGCGAAGAAUCUGGGAGUCAGAGACAGAACCCCUCAGUCUGCUCCCAGGCUGUACAAGCUGUGCGAGCCGCCUCCCCCAGUUGGAGAGGAAUGAAGAGAACCUCGAGGAACCAGCGGAGCAGAAGCUUCUGAACACUGGGCAAGACAAAGGACUGGCGGGCUAAACGUUCUCCACGCUAUAAGAAAAAAAGAAUUUUUUCCUCUAAAUCUUUCACCAUGAUAUAAAUAACUAAUGAUCAGCCUGUACUUAGAUACUGCUGCUGGAAAUGGAUAGACCUUCAUUCACAAACUGGUUUCUCUAUGUAUUGACACGAACUACUCAUUUUUAGGGUAAAAUCUGUCCCUGGAAAUUAUGGAAAAAAUGCCAGAGAAAAAGUUUAUUAUCAUGCCUUUUCUACCAUUUAUUGAAAUAAUGUUAUUGCAUUUGGUUUCACCUUCUCCCAAUAGGACCUGUAAUCAUGGGUCUUUCCAUUGAGGAAGCCUGUCACUGAAGAAACAUGGUCGUAUUUUCUCAAUCGCACAGAAACGUUAGAGAAGACACAGCUGGUGUCCUCGGUUCUCAGUUCCUCUGUGUCAGAGAAAGUAGUUUCUAUGUCAAAGGCAAAGAGCUUGCUUUCCUCUUUUGAAGAGUGUCUUUGUCAGUCGGGGAGAAGGGAGCCAUUGAGGUCUCCAGCAAGACCCUCUUCCUCCUGCUUCAGGGUCCUUUGUGCUCCUGGACAGUCCCAGGGGUCCGUGCUGUCCGAGGGUCUUUGAAGUGGGUGUGGCUUUCUUGGGCCAGGUGGGCAGGUGCUGUGUCGGGUGUGGCGGGGUGGGAAGAGGCAGGGACAGAGGGGAUGGGAAGGAAGAUGAGGUUAAAUGAGGGGAAAAAAUGAGUCCAUUUAAAAACUCAACCUUUAACUUAGAAAUAUACUUUCUAAACCUCUUAAUUUUAUUAAGACUUUCUUAUAUGAUGUCAGACUCUAAGAGAAUACACCAUGCCCAGAAUCUUUCUAUCACGGUGUAAGGUAUGAAAGUAAAGCUUUACUUGUUGCAUUUUAAAAGAACUAUUAGAGCCCUGGCUGGUAUAGCUCAGUGGAUUGAGCGUGGGCCUGUGAACCACACGAUUGAGGUUCAAUUCCCAGUCAGGGCACAUGCUUGGGUUGCAGGCCGGUUCCCUGCAGGCCAGUUCCCAGCAGGGGAUGCAAGAAAGGCAACCAUACAUUGAUGUUACUCUCUCUCUCUCCUUCCCCCCUUCCCCUCUAAAGGUAAAUAAAUAAAAAUUAAAAAAAAAAAGAACUAUUAGAGACCUUGGUAAUCCAUGGGAGCACAAGGCAUUUUCUAUGCAUAGUGUUUAUAAUUUCUACAUUGAUAAAGCAACAUUGUUCUUAACAUAGUGAAUAUAAAUACUGAGUUCAAAUCCAUAAUUUUCAAAAUAUUAAAAUGCCCUUAUUGUGACUCUUACAAUUUUAUGAACUUAGACUAAUUUGGUGUGUGAAAUGCUUUUUAUAACUAAAGUAUAUACAAAUCAUUAUUAAAUUUUAAUUUAUAAAAUUUUUUUAUGGUUUUCAAGCUAUCAUUAAAAACCUUCAUCACUAGCAGUUGUGUACUGAGUAACAAAAAUACUGGUUUUAAAUAUGUAUGAAAUAUUUAUAUACUCAAGGUAAUAAUUAUUGUUAUUUGGCACAAAAGAUCUUAAUACUUUUGCAAUAAGUUCAUAUAUACAAUGAAAAAUAAAGAAACUAACAUCAGAGUUUUCAAAAAAAGUUGAAUACUUUGAAUGUAUUAAUCAGAUGACUUUAUCUUAAGUAUCUAUAUUAAGUAUAUCCUUUACUUUUAGGGAUUUUACAUUCUCAAUACUAUCUGCAAGUAAUCCUAAAGUUCCGUGAUAUUAGUAAAUUAUGAUUUUCUUAUACUGAACAUUUGAUUAUAUUCUAUGUAGGGUUGAUAAGUGAGCAAGACUGAUUAACUAGCAGGUACUUUUUGCAUUGUCAUUAGUGUUUGCUAACCACGAUCCUGGAAGUAGUAAUCACUCAGAGGAAUGAAGGGGUCAUUUAAACAUUUGGAUGACACUUUGCUAUGUUUUGGGGGAAAUUAUCUGCUAUGGUGAUAUUUAUAAAUUAAGAUGUUUUUAAAGACCUACACUCUUCAUAAUAUAAUGUUUCUACUAUUAUUUUAAGGGUUAAACACAGUAUAAGCAUAGCAUCUACUUUAGUAAGUGCUUGGCAUUUAUUAAUGCUCCAAAGUUAGUGAUGGCUUACAUUAUCAUCAGUCACUGUCAUGUUUUGUUAUAAUAAACAUUGUAGAAAACACUUCAGUUUUAAUACUAUGUGCCAAGCAAAACAUCCAAGUGCUUUACCGGCACUUUGGUGUUACUGCUUCACUUGUCCCAUAAUGACGACCUGAGGUGGCACUGUCUUCAUAACGCCCUCUCUACAGUUGAGGGCCUUUGCCCAGUGACUGGCUCUACACUAUGAGACUGACAAGUGGUAGGACUGAGAUUUGAACCCAGGAAGUCUGAUUCUCAUUACCAUCAGAACUGUUGUAAUGUUACCAGUUACUUGCUACCAAAGUAGGAGUUACAUGAAGUGUGUUGCCAUUAAAUUAUACAUCUUAUAUUGAGGGAAAAAAGUGAAUGAAAAUAUGUAAAAUACCUUUAAUAUAUGAAAAUCUUAAGAUUGCUGGGACAUUUAACCAUUCUGAAUACACAUUUUAAGGUAACUCAAUGCUGUUGCAGUCUGAAAAAAAUACAUUCCUCAAAUUGAAAGUAACAGUUUUAGGCAUGUUUUGAAAGUCCGGAAUGGUACAUUAUAUAAAAUUUGACUCUGAUUCCCAAGCAGUGGUAACAGGAAUAAAUAUAUGAUUAAUGAAUGAAUGAGACAGUUUUUAAUGCCAUGAUGUACCUCUGUGUGACGCUGGGCGUUUAACUGGCCCUGCGUGUUUAGACCAGGUUCGCCUACAUGCUCACACGCUCCUCUACAACCCGGCACCUGAAGCCAUGCUGAUUUAGCUAGUGGUCCUUCCAUGUUCUGGGUUUGGACAUCCUACCUCUCUCCACCAAAAGGGAAGGUCAUGCAUAGAAGAUUGGGUUCUUAACUUGGGACCUCUUCCAAAUUAUGAGUUAAUGGGUAAUUCCUCAUCAGUACAUCCUAGACACUAUAUUGUAUCUUACAAAGAUUUCUAACAUCACACUUACAAAAUUUAAUAUUAGGUGUAUGAGCGAUUUUAGGGACUAGAAUUUUACAUAUAUUCCCAUUAUUAUUUAAAAAGGGAGAAAAAAGGAAAGAGAAAGUUUUCAUACUCUUUUUCUCUAUAUUGUAUAGUACAGUUUACUUUAGAUUAUAAGCUUCAUUUUAGGAGCCAAUAUCCCAAUCUAAGAAGUCUCAUACUAUUUUCUGUCUCUUUAAAUCACAUUUUUUUCCAGUGGCCACUUGGAUUCAGUUGCAGCAACAAUGUUCAAUCACAACUAGUUUAAAUCCCAUGACACUAUAAUCCAUAGUCGACCUUGAACAACACACUUUUGAACUAUGCAGGCCCACUGACAUGCAGAUUUUUUCAAUAAAUGUGCACAGUGCUGUAAAUAUAUUUUCUCUUUUUUAAUGAUUUUCUUAACAUUUUAUUUUCUCUAGCUUAUCUUAUUGUAAAUAUAUAGUCUAUAAUGCAUAUAACAUACAAAGUGAGCAUUAAUCAACUAUUUAUGUUCUCAGUAAGGCUUCUGGUCAACAGUAAGCUAUUAGUAGUUAGGUUUGGGAGAGUCAGAAUCUAUACAGGGAUUUCUGACUGUGGGGGCUGUGGGGGUGUCUGUCCUUCUGAACCCCCACAUUGUUCAAGGGUCAACUGUAUAUGAUAUUGUAAUGACAUUGGUUCUCAGUCUACUCAUUUAAAUUUUGUGAUAGUUAACUUUAGAAAGAAAUAAAAUUGAUCCUGACACUAACUAUAAAAAAAUGAAGAAAAUAAAUGGGUAAAAAAACCCUGAGGGGUACAUUAAUUUAAGAAAAUGAACUAUUUUCAACCCUCGGGGAACAUACAUUAUAUAAGAAAAAUAAUAUUUAUUAUUGUGAAAGCAUUUUGUUAAGAAUUAGCUACUCCAUGGAUUUGGAAGUAGUAUAUUUGUACUUAAAAACUAAAAUAUUCUUCCAUUACUUUAUGUAGGUCUUUUUCUAUAUAGCACAACUUAAUGAGAUUCCAAGGCAUAUUUUUAUUCACUUGUAUGUUUGAAAACAAUAUUGAAAUUUUAAAUAAAUCACCUUUAAGUCAUUUUACUUUACAUUUUACUUUAAAGGUUAUAUUUUAUGGGUUUUUUUUGUUAGUGGUAUUUACUCAUUUUGAAAUUAACUUUAACAUGUGACUAAAUUAUUUCUGAACUUUCGGAAACUUUAUUUAAAAAAACUUACUUUGAAGUGAAUUGGUGUACUAAAUUAUAGUUUCCUUACUUGCUCCAAGUCAGUAGUAGUUAUUUCAUUAACAUGUACAUAUAUUAACCAACUUGCUGAAUGAAUUUUUAGGUGCCCUGCUAACAUAUAAAGGCAAAGAGCUUUUGAAAUGGUUUAGGAUGAUCUGAACUUGAUUAAGAAAAUAUUCUGUACUCUACUAAUUUUUUGAAGUUUUACAGACAAGCCUCAGACUGUCUGACCCUGCAGGAAGUUGAGGAGGUGGGGGAAAUUUACAAGAGGGGGCUGUGCCAAGCAUGGGCUCGGGCUGACUCCUUCAUAUGUAAUCGCCACAGUUUUCUUAGGUGCUGCCGUUCCAUAAAUGUUGCUGGUUAGGCUUUGGUUUUAGGAAAAUGUUACUGCUUCAAAGGUACCUCGAACAGUGAUCUCAGCAUUCAUACUGCCAAGUUGCAUGUGCGGGAAAGAUUGUUCAAUCGGUGCCUCCUCCAUCUGCUUUUCCACAGACACAUGGCCCGCUUCUCAGGACGGCUGGCCUCUCUCACUGAGAAGAGACACCCGAGGUCUACUAAGUCUACUAAUGUAUAAAAACUGUAUUUUAAAUGCAUUUAUAUGUGCUGCUUUUCAUUUUUUAUAGUAACACAUAGAAAUUAGAUUCUUAUGUCUUGUUUCAUAUGAUGAUAUGAUAGAAGGAGUUGUUCAGUGUAUUGCAUGUCUGUUCUGUAGACAGCAGAACUGUCUCCAUAUAUAGUAAGUGCUCCUGGUAGAGCCUCGUUUUGCUCACCAACAUUAGUUUGCUUCUCAAUCUGGAAUCCAUUUACCUAACUGCUACCCAGAAGUAGCUGAUUAAAUAAAAGUGUUGCAUUUUUAAAUGAUAUCUCUACUAGAAAUAGAAAGCUUUGUAGAGGUAACUUUGGGUGUAAAUAACUGAAUACAUGCCACUCACUUGUGUAUUCAUUCAACAAAUGCAUUUGAGAUCACUGCAGAAGGCAGAGCACCUGGGCUUUCUUUAUGUGUUGGAUGCGUUUGGUUGACACCUUCUCAGUGUCUCUUCUGUGUUAAUGAUGGCCUAUGUUUGUUACUUGAAAUAACAUUAUUUGUAAUGCAAAUCUAUUCUAAUACCAUUGAGGUAUAUAUACUGUAUUAAGUCGAGAACAUUAAGCUGAUAAAAUGCUUUAGAAAACAUACAUUUAAAUUUGAAUACCUAAUGCUUCAAGCAAAUUUAUUAGAGUUUCAGAGGAAUAUAUAUUUUUGUUACUGCUAAGUAAAAUGAGUAGAACAUAGCUUUUGCUUAAAAGUAUUUUUGUAAGUAUUCAUUUACACAGUAUUCAUUAUUUUAAAUCUUAGAAUUGGGCCUAUAAAUAGUAAUUUUUAAAAAUGUAUCCAUAUUUAACAAUGUAUAACAUCCAAAUUAUAAUGACAAAUUUCAUCUGAAGGUGUUAUUCAAGUACUCUGUUCUUUUGCUUGUAAAAUAUUCAUGUAACAUAGUUUCAAUCACUCAGUGUUUUGUGUAUGGUUAAUUUUACCAAAGUGUAUUAUGUAUUUUGUGUCAUUUUUAUUUGCAUAAAAGAUUAGAGUAAUAACAUUGUACCAUAAAUGCCAAUAACAAUAAAGUAUAAUGUAGUGUGACCAUGUCAGCUUCUCUCUACUUAACCAAUUCCUACUCUGUUCUCACCUGUGUAGGAGACAAAACUUCAUGAAAAACAGAUUUUUCACCCUUUAAAAUUUACAGGCUUUAUAAAAGAAAAUUGAAAUAAGUAUGAAACAAAUCUACACAUACAAACCAAGGUGAGUUGUGGGGACAGUAACUCCUAGGAAGGGGUCAGGAAGUGAAUGUUAAUAUUGGCCACAGCAUAGGAAAGCUUCAUAGGAGAUGAGACUUUUG